AUGGAUUCCAUACGAUCUUUACCAAUCGCUCUCUUCCUGUCUGUCAACAUUCUGCUUUUCAUGCAUGUAAGUGGCUGCAACACUUGUUUUCAACCAAAGCCAAACCUAAACCCUAUACCAAACCCAACCACAUCUACAAAAAGCUGCCCUAGAGAUGCUAUAAAACUAGGAGUCUGCGCUAAGUUGCUUAAUGGUCAAGUGGUGGGUGCUGUUGUUGGGAACCCACCUGAUACUCCUUGUUGCUCAGUACUUCAAGGCCUUCUCGAUCUUGAAGCUGCGGUGUGUCUUUGCACAGCCAUUAAAGCUAAUGUCCUUGGCAUCAAUAUAAAUAUCCCUAUAUCUCUCAGCUUGCUUAUCAACACCUGCGGAAAGAAUCUCCCCUCUGACUUCAUAUGUGCGCCCUAG